AUUCACGACAAGUUUUGAAAUAAUCACUACCGAUCAUUGUUCAGAUCUGUCCCGAUUAAAGGGUUUUUACCUCAACAUUUAUGGGUUUGAUGUAGCAUAAAAUCAGUGUCCCGGGCAACCUUUAUUCCGGCGAAUGUUCCUUAUUUACGCAAGUGUCCAAGUGCAGAAAAGUAAUUCUACCGAAACGCUAUCCUUGGUGAUUAAUUUGUGCCAACGAUCGUUUUGGCAACGUGCGGACUACUGCGGAACAGUACCGUCUUCCUUCCCGGACAGAUCAGAUGGCUGACUUCACCGUGGCCCGGUUAUUGCCGUUCGUCGUGCUAAUAUCGUCAUUGCUGACCAUUGGAUGUAUGGUCCAAGCCCAGGCAUCCGUACCCGAGGAAGAAGAACAACCGGAAAUGGAAUGCAACAGAGUGAACGAAAGUUAUGACGCAUGUGGUAGCGGUUGUGGUGAUUUGACCUGUUCGAACGUUCGCCGAAACGAUGUCCAGUGUGGCCGCCAGUGUCAGGAGGGUUGCUUUUGCAACCGAGGCUAUGUUCGGAGCCGUAGCGGCAGUUGCAUACCGUCGUACGCUUGUGCCACCUUUGGAUAACGUGGUGGAGGGUGGUGGAACGCGAGGUGGGUGGGUGCGGUUUGGCAAAGAAUUGUACCCAGUGUAUAUGGCAAUAAAUUGUUUGUAUAUUU